AUUUUUUGUUGCGUUAUCGACCAAUCAUGUUACAAUAUGUUGUAGCAACAGAUUUUUUUGCUUAGACAACAGACUUAAAACAGUCGAAGAACUGGUCGGUUGUCAUUUCAUGUAAACUUAUAACGGCAGAACCUUCGUCUCCUUACACAUAAUAUGGCGGGAGUGUUUGAGAGUCUGAAGGGUGCCGGUGCCAUUGGCAUCGUUGUUUUCGUUCUUGCUCUUAUAGGGAACAUUUGUAAUUGGAUAGCCUUUACUACCGCAGCAUGGGCUCGUAAAUUUACAAAUACAAAUAAGGAGACUUUCACUGGCUACGGGCUGUGGAGAAUGUGUGGAACAGGCACCGAUAGUGUUGUAUCUGCAUGCGCCCAGAUUGACGGAACCAAUCUCGCGUAUUAUGGCGCUGUUCAGGCUUUGGUAUCAAUUGGAUUUCUGGGACUCAACGCAAUGUGCCUCAUCAUCAUCCUCAAGAUGUUCACAAGCAAGUGUGCCGACGUCUCCGACAUCGAUAAAGUCAACGGCAUCCAAGCUAUCGUUACAGGUGUUCUUUACUUGAUCGGCAUCAUUAUAUUCGGUGCGGAAUACGGCAAUGGAGACAAACUUCGCAAUACAUCCAUUGCCGUGGAUGGCGACCUGGGCUACUCAUUCGUCUUUGCUGUGUUCGCCAUGUUGUUGGAGAUCGUUGUAGGCGUUGUUCUGCUUGUGACCGGCCUCAAAGGUGGAUCUGUGGCCGCCAAAUAGUAACCACUGUAUAAAAGUCAGGUGGGAUGGGAGCAUGUUCUGCUGUGUUGUGGAAGGAUGAAGUCGACACAACAAAUGUUGUCAAGUCAAGUUCCCCUGCAGGAAGUACUCCCACCCUGUGACGAGGCUUCACUUUAUACUUCUUAUCUUGCCUUCUUUACAAUACCAUUGUGAUGGCGAUUUCCUUAUAUCCCCUUGAACAAUGCUUGUCAUAUACAAUAUCCCUGUCGAAUUUCUUGUAUGAGAUGUCAGCUACUAUGACUGGAACUAUACAAACCAGGCUUAAACUAUUUCUGAUAACAAAUCUCAGCUUAAUGUAGAUGGAUAUUAUGCAAACUCAACUAUUUAUCUAAAAAUAAUUGAAACCAUCAAAAUAUUUGAAAGGGGGUCACUAUUUUGAAAUGAAAGUCAUUUUAAUUUAUUUUUAAUUUAGACCUUUGGCUGUCAUUAAAUGUGUAAUGAUAUUUGUACUAGGUUGUGUUCGUAUAGCUGACAAAUGAUCGUUGCUCUCUUUAUCAGCUCAUGGCAAACCAUACACCUGGUGUCCUCACUAUUUGAUAUUGGUUCAUAAAUAUAUGCUUUGGAUAUUGUCGGAAUCGUAUAUUGAUUCUAGAUUGCUUAUGAUUAUGGAAAUAGUUUUGUAUCUUUUAUUUCUUAGACGUAAUAUUAAUUUGUACCUCCGUGAAUAUAGUUCAUAUAAAUAAUUUAUUUUACAGUC